AUGCACUCGACGUCCACCGGCAUCAUGUCUGACGCCAGCCAUACGCCCAAUUCGGACAGCAACAGCUACGCCAAUUCGCCUCUCGCGUCGCCGCUGCCUGUGCCCGACCAAGCUGCAACGCCUGCAACGCCUGCAACGCCUGCAGAGACUGCAGAGACUGCGCGCCUUCGCUCCCGGACACUCGUACCAAACCACGUCAAGCCCGCCGACCCGACCACGACGGCCCACGACGCCCCGCCGCUCACCACGUCCCUCGCACAGAAUGCAGCCGGCCCCUCCCCCUGUGGAGGCGGCCCCGCGAGCAAGCGGCACACGAUCCCCCCGCGCCCCAAGCCCGGCCGCAAGCCCGCUCAGGAUGAGCCCCAGACGAAGCGCAAGGCGCAGAACCGCAAGUCGCAGCAGGACUUCCGCGCCCGCAACAAGGCCAAGUUCGAGGAGCUGGCCCUCGCCGCCGAGAGCGCCCGCCAGGCCCACCGCGACGAGGUCGCCCAGAUGACGAUCCAGAUGAACGACUUGCGCAGCCAGAUCCGCCGCCUGGAGGAGAUCAACCUAGGCAUCAUGGCCGACCGCGACUUCUACAAGCACGCCUACGAGGGGCAGGCCCGACAGCACGACGGCCACGACGCCAACGCCAACCCCGCCAUCUUCACUUCGCAGCCACCCUCGCACUUUGCGCCCAUGACGCUGACCAUGGCCGCACGUGACGGCGACGACUUUGCCGACAGCGCAAGCCAUCUUUGCGGCAGGUGCAGGCCCGAUGGCUGCGAGUGUCUCGACGAGAAGCUCGCCCUAGACGACGCUCAGGACCCGCCCUUCAUCGAGGCUGUGCCCCUGCCGCUCCGCAACGGCACCACGCCCAUGCAGGAUGUGCAAUCGCAAGCGCCCAAGGCGGAGGAUCCCUCUGAGCUCGAGAUCGACUUCACCACGUACCGCCCUGUUCCGUCUCGGGAGGAAGUAGACUUCACCAUCGACGGAGAGCAUCAAAGCUGCGGCUUCUGCACCCGUCCCGACAACUGCCUCUGCCGAGACGAGUCGCUCCGCUCCAGCUCGACCGGUGCUCCGCUCUCCACUGUCACGAGCGCCACGUCCGUCUCCAGUCUCUCCAUCCCGCCCAAAGGCACUCCUGGUAGCUGUGCAGCCUGUUUAGCAGAUCCCGAGCAGCAGAAGCGUUGUCAAGGCCUCGCAGCCCAGCUCAACUCGCCAACCACCAUGGAGCCAAGGUUCGAACCAAGUGUCGACAAGCUCGCACAAAAGUCAUCCACCAUUCCCGGCAUUCGCUCCGUCGGCUGCUCCGAGGCCUUCGGUCUUCUCGACGGCCGAGUUUCCAUGGACAUGGACAGCCCAGAAUGGAGACAACUGCGGCCGCUCCAGUCUACCCACCCAGAGACCCGCAGAGAUACGCUCAUGUCCAUGGAGCCUUCGAUGGAGCCUGGCACAUUCAGCGCCAUGGAGGUUGAUGUUGGCAGUAUCCUCACAACCCUCCAACACAGCGGUCGGCCACUCAAGCCUCGCCCUUCAGAUGGUCGUCUCGCCACCAUAGUCGAAAAGGCCGAAGAGCUCCGCCAGGCCACUAACUCGCCAUGUACCCAGGCACAACAUCAGAGUCAAGAGGUAUCCAUGUCCGACUUCAACAUGGACACGAGGCCCUAG